AUGUCCGACAGAGGACGUUCCCCUGGCCCCUCCGGGUCGGGUGGCUCUUCUGGGUCUGGGAGACGACCCUCUCAGUCUCCUGGUGGCUCAACCGCCCGCUCUUCUUCCCGUGGCCCUGCAGCUGGAUGGGCCCAGGGUCCAGGUUUCGACCCUGCCAAGCCUCAGCAGCAACAGGAUCAGGGAAACACACGCAUGGAAUUGCCGCCUGAUGCAUACGUGUCCGAGACCAAGAAGGACUUGUUCACGCUGCGAAACGGCAAGUUCAACACCGAAGGCAAGCCCGAACAGAUCGAGGUCAACCAGUACCGGAUGACCAAGUUUGACUUCAGCAAGAAGAUCCAUCAGUACGAUGUCUUCAUCUCGCCCAACCCUGACAAGCUCGGCCCAGUCAUGAAGAAGAUUUGGGCCCACGAGGUCACCAAGCGACAGCUUCGCCCCUUCAAGGGCGACAAGUGGCUCUUCGAUGGAAAGAAGCUUGCUUGGGGUCCUGCACUUGUUGAGCGUGGAGAACUCCGGUUCACUGUCGAUCUCGACGAGGGCAAAGCCAAGGCCCGCGACGGAGGCAAGUUCCAUGUCACGAUUCGCAAGACGACCGAAAUCCAGGUCGCCGCUCUUCAGGGCUACCUCGAGCACAAGAUGUCCUUCAACAACAGUGUCCAAGAAGCACUGAACUUCCUGGAUCACCUUGUUCGACAAUUCCCGUCUCAGAACCUGCUCGCCAUCAAGCGCAACUUUUACGAUCCGGCGAGCAAGCAAGUCACGCCCCUUCUCGAUGGUACCGUCGUCGAGGUCCACAAGGGAACUUACGCCUCGGUUCGAAUGAGCCACAACCUCGCGCAGAGAGGUGUCGGACUCGGUUACAACAUCGAUGUCGCCAACACUUGCUUCUGGAUUGGAAACCAGACGGUCGACAAGUUGAUGUGCCACUUCUUGGCCACCUUGGACCGAAAGUUCCAGGGACACACUCCUGCCUCCCUCUGGGAAGUGCUGAAGCCCGUCCGAGACAAGACUGGCCGUUGGGCUUCUUCGGAUGCUUUUAAGCAGCUUCGAAAGCUGCGCCGGCUCAAGUUCAAGGUCAAGCACCGAGAUCGCCCCAAUGUCGACAAGGUCUACACCAUCAUGGACUUCAGCUUCAACGAGAAGUAUGGCGAGCAUGGUUGCACGGCGAAGACGUACACUUUCGAGUGCGACGGCAAAGAGGUGUCCGUUUUGGACUACUACCGCAAGAAGUACAACGUCAACCUCAGACUGGCCAACCUCCCACUCAUCGAUGCUGGCAAGGGAGGAAUGAUCCCUGUUGAGCUCGCUAUCGUCGAGCCAAUGCAGCGCUACCCCUUCAAGCUGAACCCUGAUCAAACCACGGCCAUGAUCAAGAUCGCUGUCACCCGUCCUCCCAUCCGCAAGAGAGACAUCCAGCAGGGCGCAGCUUCGCUCCGCAUCGGUGAAGACCCCUUCUUGAAGGAGUAUGGCGUCUCGUUUGAACCUCAGUUCUCCAGAACCGAAGCUCGAAUUCUCCCUCCCCCGACUGUCAAGUUUGGCACUGGCACGGCCGAGCCCAAGUUUGCCGGUCGUUGGGACCUUCGUGGAAAGAAGUUCUGGAAGCAGAACGCCGCACCCUUGAUGAACUGGGGUUUCAUUGCUCUCGAACAGCCUGUUACUCUCCCCGUGCUGUCGCAGUUCGCUAACACUUUCAAGAGCACUUUCAUCGGCCACGGAGGCAAGGUGCUUAGCGACGCUAUCAUGCUCAACACUCCAGGAAACCUGCGCUUCGACGCUGCAGCUGCGGUUCAGUGGGCUCAUGAGGAGAUCACAAAGAAGAAGGGCUACACGCAGCUUUUGUUUGUUGUUGUGUCCAAGAAGAACAGCGGAACCUACGAGCGCCUCAAGAAGUCUGCCGACUGCAGAUUCGGCAUCCUCACUCAGGUGGUUCUGGGCAGUCAUGUCCAAAAGAACAAUGGCCAGUAUCACUCCAAUGUGUGCAUGAAGGUCAACGCCAAGCUGGGCGGCGCGACUGCCUGCACUCCUCCCCUUUGGAAGACUCCUACCUUCUUCCCCGAGAACCGCCCAACCAUCAUGAUUGGUGUGGAUGUCUCUCACACUGCCCCUGGCGGCACAUCUCCCUCUACAGCUGCCAUGACCAUGUCUGUCGACAAAGAUGCCACACGUUACGCUGCACUUGUCGAGACCAACGGCUACCGUGUCGAGAUGCUGACGCCCGGCAACAUGCGAAUGAUGUUUGGGUCCCUUCUCGAGCAGUGGAAGGUCAACCACCCCGGAAAGCUCCCCGCGCAUGUCAUGUACUUCAGAGAUGGAGUUGGCGAGGGUCAGUUCGCCUACGUGAUUGAUCAGGAGAUCGCAGAGAUCAAGAACUUUCUCCGUGAGAAGUUGCCUGCCAAGGCCCCUCUGCCCAAGUUCACGGUCAUCGUCGCUACUAAGCGACAUCACAUUCGGUUCUUCCCCCAGAAGGGCGACAGGAACGGCAAUCCUCUUCCCGGUACCUUGGUCGAGAAGGAGGUUACUCACCCGUUCAUGUUUGACUUCUACCUGAGCUCGCAUGUCGCCAUUCAAGGCACAGCUCGGCCUGUUCACUACCAUGUGAUUCUUGACGAGAUGGGCAUGCCCAUCAACGACCUUCAGAAGAUGAUUUACCAACAGUGCUACUCAUACGCUCGCUCGACUACUCCGGUUUCCCUACACCCGGCUGUCUACUAUGCCCAUCUCGCUAGUGCUCGAGCUCGGGCACAUGAGAACAUCGCCACCAGUGAGGGUUUCCGAGCUGGUCCCAAGGGCCACGAGAUGAUUCGCGAGAAGGUUGCCCGCGGUAUUUCUCUGGGCGGACCUGACCGAGGUGCUGAUGCGCCCCCAUUGCUGCCUCUUGGUGGCAGAGUUGGAGAGAAUGCCAUUGAUGGUGAGCAGCGACAGCGCGCCUUCUUCCGCAGCACCAUGUGGUACAUCUGA